GUUCCUGGGGGUGAGGACAAGGUUCCUGGGGGUGAGGACAAGGUUCUCGGGGGUGAAGACAAGGUUCCUGGCGGUGAGGACAAGGUUCCUGGCGGUGAGGACAAGGUCCCUGUCGGUGACGACAAGGUUGCUGUCGGUGAGGACAAGGUUCCUGGG